UGUUUCGUCUCUCUCUUCUCACUUUGCUUGCUUCUCUACUUUCCUCCACAUCAAGGUAAUGCCGAUUCUCUUCUUCUUUCUCAAUAUUUAUUUUUAAAUCUAUAUUUUUUUUUCGUUUUUGACUGUGUGGUUGGAUUUUUCCUCUUGUUAUUGAGAUUCUUUUUACUAAUUUCAACUAUUGAAAAUAAAAUAAGAAUUAGGCCUUAUAUUUUGUUCCCAAUGCCCAUUUCUCAUAGCUCCUCUGUUUCUAUAUUAUUUCUUCACUCUCUCUCUCUCACACACACACACACAAAGAAAUAACCAGACAAGUCUCAUGGAGGAUUACAACAGAAGUGAAGAUUACAAUGCUUCUUCCCAACACCAUGAGUCAGCAACGGUUGAUAAGAAAUAUGGUGGACUUGUUCCAAAAAAGAAGCCUCUAAUAUCUAAGGACCAUGAGCGGGCUUUUUUUGACUCGGCAGAUUGGGCUCUAUGCAAGCAAGGUGCAGGAAUUGAUCAAAAAUCAACAAUUGCUAUCGAGACCUUGAGACCAAAAUUAAAGAAAACUCCUCAUCAGCAAUUGCCUCCACGAAGACCUGCUUGUACAUCUUAAUUAAUUGCCAGUCAUUCUGUAUUUAAUUUCUAUACAAUAUAUACACUACGAUAUAUGCUUUGGAAAAAUAUUAUUCAGUCGCAAUUUGCACAGAUUGUGGGCC